AUGGUCUUGACCUCCAGUAUGGCAUGCAUCGAACACCGGUCCUAUCGACGCCGCACCCCAGCAACAGGGAUAGCCGCGACAGCAAGAGUAAUCAGAGGAAUCAUAUUCCCAGUCCUAAUCUCGAACCUCGCGGGGCUAGUCGGGUUCCCCUGGGUUCCCCUGGGUGAUCCGGACAACUGGACUGAUCAGCGCAGCGUUCUCACACAAAGGAACGAUCGACAUCCGAGCGCUGAAAGAAGCCCGCUUCUCAUUAUUGACAAUAGCUAUAGUCUUGAUCGACUAUGUCCUCCUAACCCCACUGGCAUAUCUCCCUCCUACGCUCAAUUGCAUGGACUAGACGACUCGCUCGCAUACAACCUCUCCUCAAUCCUCAUCGCCGCAUCCAUCAUCGGCCGCAUUGUCCCGGGAUACUUCGCAGAUCGUGAUCGUCACCAC